ACCCAUCUAUCCACAGUCACAAACUCUGCAUGAGCUGAUUUUUGUUAAUACUUUUAAUGUUGAUCAUUUUAACACUUCAACUACAUCAUAAUAAAACACUUAAUGACAAGAUACAGCUUUACACACAACAGUCGAGGACAUCUCAACAGUCAUGUGGCAUCUCAGCAGAGACUUUCCAGACCACUUAAUUUAAAAACUUAUACACACACAGACACAUAUACACACACCACUGGCUGCACUGAUAAAACUGCUGUUUAUAGCAGCACAAGAGGACUGACUUGUUGUUUGUGUAUCCCACAUUCAAACUGAAUUUGGCAAGAGGAGGAUGCACUAACUGGUAUCACAUCACAAAAUUCUUUGAAAUGGACUUACUUCAUAGCUGUGGUGUGAGCAGCACAUACUACCUGCAGACCCACUUUAGCCACAGACAGGGCUACUUCCUGUCAGUCUCCAUGGCAACUGACCUACGCAACACCUUCUUCCUAUUGUUCCCCAUAUGGUUUCAUAUACGGCAAGCUGAAGCCAUCAAACUGGUGUGGGUGGCAGUAGUGGGAGACUGGGUCAACCUGAUCCUGAAAUGGCUUCUGUUUGGAGAGCGUCCCUAUUGGUGGGUUCAGGAGACGGGUUACUACGGCAACUCCUCCCAACCAAUAAUAGAGCAGUUCCCCAUGACCUGUGAGACUGGGCCAGGAAGUCCAUCAGGUCAUGCCAUGGGGACUGCAGCAGUCUACUAUACCAUGAUGUCCUCACUUGUUGCCAUAGUGCUGAAGACAGAAGAACAUCAAAUCAGGAAAUGGUGUGUGCGUGUCUCACUGUGGAUGCUGUUCUGGUGCGUGCAGCUGUGCGUGUGCCUCUCCAGGGUCUUUGUCGCUGCUCACUUCCCACAUCAGGUCAUCACAGGAGUUGUCAUAGGUAUCCUGGUGGCAAAAUCUGUCAGCCAGACCCAGCAGAUCCACAAGGCUGGCCUACGUUCCUACCUCCUCACCUCCCUGCUCCUCCUCUCUCUGGCUCUCCUCUUGUACCUGUGCCUCCUGCUGGUAGGAGUCGACCUCCUCUGGAGUGUGGAGAAAGCACGGUGCUGGUGCCAGAGAGCAGAGUGGGUCAGCGUGGACACCAGCCCCUUGGCCAGCUUGUUCAGGAACACUGGGACUCUGUUGGGUCUGGGCCUAGGGCUCCACUCUCCUCUGUAUGCACACACUAACUCAGUAGUGGUCGGCAGGGAGUCUGAGGGCACCAUCUACAGGUCAGUCUGUUUAAGUGCAACACUGGUGCUACUGCAGUUAUUUGACUCUGCUUUUCGGCCAGCUGUCCACAGCGGAGCUCUGUUCUAUUUGCUGUCGUUCUGUAAAAGUGCCAUGGUGCCUCUGGCUACUGUGGCUAUUGUUCCUUACUGUGUCACUGCGGCACUGGGAUACAAAGCAGAGAAGCUAUUAUAAGGCGGGUGGCCUUUCUUUACAUGUACUGUUGCCUGGGUGCACAUCUUUACAUCAUCAUAUACUGCUGAAGCUGCUGGUUUAAACCUACAACAUUUGGUCAAAAGUAUGUGGACACAUAGUUUCAUGUCCUUUUUGUCUGGGUCCGGUUUUUCUGGUUUAGGCCUCAUAGUUCCAACACUGUUCCAUGCACUAUAGAGAAAUAUUUUCCCUGUUAGGAAGAAGUUGACUUUUGUUCAAAGAGCCCUGACCUCAACCCCAUCCAACUCCUAUGGGAUCAGCUGGAACACCAACUGUGAGCCAGACCUCACAUAAAUAAUGUGUGUGUGUGUGUGUGUGUGUGUGUGUGUGUGUCAGCAUUAGUGGAAAAGUCUAUGAGGUAUUUUGAGGAAUUAAAGGCAGAUGGGGGCACCAACAUUUCCCCACAUGAAAGGGAUAGUUUGGAUUUAAUGGAUUGGAGUUGUAUGAGGUACUUAGCCAUAGUCAGUGUAUUACAUACAGUAGAUGUCAAUCUGCACGCACCCAUUUUGGAGAAGCAACAGGAGUCUGACAUGGGAGCUAAGCAAUGUACUGCUGUGAACGGGAGCAGCAGCAAAACAAGUUUUGUGGAUGUGUUAUAUUGAGAGUACACUCACUGCUUUACCUUUCCGUCAGACAGCCCGGGGAAGCUAUUAACGGCUUCAGUUCCCCAUCUACGGGGAAAGCCACCAGACACCAGUGACAAAAACAGUAAAUUUAGCUCACUGAACACAGGUUGCUCUACCGCUGUCUCAAUCAGUUAGUUAGUUAGUAUGUGUUAUUGUGUGACCUUGGUGAAUCCGAAUUAACCCUUUCAAAUGGCAAGUUACACAAUAACACAAACAAACUAACUGUUCGAGGGAGCAGGAGACCAGAAACUCCUGCGUUAAGUGAUGUUAAAUCACUGUUUUUCUCAAUGGAGUCUGGCUUUGAAGAGGGCGAUGUAACGGCUUCAUUUUCCCAUUGGAAAUCACUGCCUGACAUUAAGGUAAAGCUAUGAAAAUCUAAAUAUAGGGUACACACUUAUACUGAUAUUCUAUUUUUUAGGUGGGACUUUUUUUUAGGUGGUUAAAAUGUGUUUUGGAUAAGUACUCCAUACAACCCUACUUAAAAUUAAUCAGAACUAUAUCUUUCAUGCGUUCAUUCAUGAAUAAUCAUCACAGUCAUGAUAUGAUAUAUAUAUAUAUAUAUGAUAUAUGGUAUGUUGGAGUGUAUGAAGAGAACUUUAGAGGAAAGAAAGGGAGAAGGUAUAAGCCACCUGGGGGAAAAAAAAUGAAGAAAAGAGUUGCACGUACCGUAUUCUUUUAUUGUUUAUUU